CAGACAGGAGUGAGACAACUCCAAGAGAUACGGCAGACUCUCACAAUUUAGGAACACAGGAUGAUCCCAUGCAAUUGUUUCCCUGUAGUAUUUGUCACAAAAUUUACCGCCAUAGAAGGACAUUAAAGGAACAUAUGAGAAUACAUACAGGAGAAAAACUGCACGAAUGUGAACUUUGUUUGAAAAGGUUUUUGAAACGUGCUCAUUUGACUGAACAUGUGAGAAUCCACACUGGUGAAAAACCCUAUGAAUGUGAAAUUUGUUUGAUGAGAUUUAGGUGUAAGUCUAUUCGAACUGAUCAUAUUAGACGUGGAAAAUGCAAUGAAAGAAAAAAUCUAUGAUAAUAAAGCUAAAUAGAUUGUUAAAAAGAGUUGUUCUUUGCAUGUUUUAUGAACUUUAGGUGGGGUUAUUAAUUAGGAAGAUAACAUUCAAAUGUUCACAUUCAUUUUAAUGAUUUUUUAAGAGAAAGGCAAAGUUUCCUUUAGCGAUUUGAUCGAAGCAAUAUGGAUUGAGCAAAUUUAUUUACUCAUUUAUUCAUCUAUUGAUAUAUGAACUGAUAUACCCAAUUAUGGCUAUCUGGUUUUGACCCUGUUUAUUAAUGUUCAACCAUCAUUAUAGUAGAUAUAU